UCCGGUUGGAGUAAGACCGGUCGGUAGUUUCGUGGCUAAUCAUUGACAAGUUUACCACUGGAUGAUGUCGUAUAAAAUGACGUCGGUUUUGUCACUAGAAAUGUGACACUGUGACGAUCUUUCGUGAUCAUUUGUUUCUAACCUGCCCGAUACUUGUAUCAGUUACGUAAGUUGCGGCGCCGGUACGGCAAGUCAAACUUUUUGAUUGCCGUUUCGAGAGUUCUCGUCGUUUCUUCUUAUCAGCCAUCGCUCCGAAUAGUGAAAAGAGCGUUAGCUAAGUUUUAUCGGCAGAAAAGGGCUGUAAGCGUAAUAGGUGACUUCUGGAAAUACAAUGUCAGACACCGAAGACGAUAUUCUAACGCCGCUGCCAGACCCGGGGGAUGUGGAAAUUACCCCUGGGAAGUUUGAUUCGGCGAUGAACGGUGAAAUCGGACAUGUGGUUCGUAAGGGAUCUCUUUUCGGUUUAGAGCAAAAAAAUCCAACUUUAUUUAACAUGGAAAAUUUCACUUUUAGUACUGGAUUAAACAGAUUUGGUGGUAAUCGUUUGCGAAGGGAGAGCGAAGCCAGCGAGGCAGAAACCUUGCCUGAGUUGAGCGAUUCAGAAGAUGAAGACGAAGAUGAAGAUGAAGACGAAGAGGACCCUCCGGCUUACAAACAUUUAGAUACUCCAAAUGAAAAGACAGAGAUAGAAAAACCACCACCGUUCCCGACGUCACCACCCCCCUCGCGGAGAAAGUCAGCAAUGAAGAUGCCAAAAGAGCAGGGCGUAAAGCCUAAGGGACCCGCCGCCAAGCUUUGGGACAUUUUCCGUAUAACAUCACCGGACAACGAAGAACUCUCAGAGAGCUGGUGCCUAGAGGUAACCAAGCGGGUCUGCAAGGUGAUCGUAUACUGGCUUCUCCUCUUCUUCAUCCUCGGGUCGACCGUCAUCCAUAAAAUCACGCUUAUGAUCUCGGUGGCCCAGUCGAGGACAGAAAAGUGGCUGACUUGCGAGGUUGACAUGUUUGGGAAUUUGACGAACUGCAUAGUGGAUCCGGGAGUUCACAAAAACACCAAUUUGACGGAUAGGGUUCGCUGUGAUGAGGUCUCCGUGAGAUGGAUAUGGGGGCUUGCAGCCACCAUGUGUUUUCCCUAUCUGCUAACUUUCAUGCAGUGUCUAUUCAAGGUUCUCUUCAAGGUAACGUUGUGGCCGAGUUUGGGAACGUUCUUUGCGCUAGAACGGCCGUUCAGCACGUUAGCACACAAGGCUACUGUUAGAGCAGCAUAG